AAGUUGAUUAUCAUUUCUGCAUGAAAUUGUUAUCUUUAGAAUCAGAAUUAAUUUAAUAUAUGGGAUAGUGUUCUAGAUUAUUGAAAGAAUCCUGGUUUAGCAAUAUUGAUUUAUAGAGAAUGAAAGAAUAAAAUAAGAAGAUAAACCAAUUAAAAUUCUUUGAGACAUAAAAUUAUGGAUUCAAAGAGAUGAUUGGGAGAUUUGAAGGUUAGAGUUCCAAAGGGAAAGUUGAAAAAGUGAAGGUAUUAAUAAAAUCAUAAUGUUAUCAGAAAAUAAAAAAGUUCUAACCGAAAUCAAAUAAUAAAAGGGGGAGAUGUAAGAAGAUGAUGAAUAAAAAGAGUUUUCUUAAAAAGAUAGCUUUAGAGUAGAUAUUAGAAUUGAUAGGAGAUUAAUGA